CGAGGGCGGACGGCCGCACGGUGCCGCCCCCGCGCGCAGCCCAAGCGGCUUGCUGCCCAUCGCCGGCGACGGGGCGGACGGCCGCGAGCUCCAGAUCAACAUGCUGUACAAGCAGUUUGACCUGGAGAUCGUGUACGAGAUGGGCGGCGGAAACAUGUUCGAGGUGGAGACCCUGCAGCGGAUCGCCAAGUUCGAGCAGGACCUCAGAUCCUUGCCGCUCUGGUCGGGCCUCUGCGCGGAGAGCUACGUGCUGGAGCUGCCGUACUGCGAGCUCGGCGUCUCCUUCGCGAAUUACGCUCUGCCGUCCCUGGCCGGCGCGAGCAGCACGGACAUCGUCCCCUCCGACUUGUCCUUCGACGGCAAGGGGGAGGAUCUCAUACCGGUUGCCACCGUCUUCCAGAUGCUGAAGGAGCACGACGUCACGAACGUCGUGCUCCCGAGCUCGUACAGCACCACCAUGCUAGACUCUGGGAGCCCCGCGCCCAUGUCGCUGCUCCGCUCCGCCUUCCGGUGGAAGGUCGAGUGCUGCAGGCCGACCGACAGCCAGGCGCACCAGAGCAAGAUGCUCGGCGAGAUCAGAGAGAAGUGGCAGAAGUUCAUUAGCGAGGAGCUGCUCCCAGCUAUAAACGAGCAGUCCGUUCACAUAGGUGAAGACAUCAGGGUGUUCUACGACGGUGACCACAUACUGAGGACGGAGGUAAUGACCACGCUGAUCAGAGACAUGAACCUGGCGACGGGAUCUUUCCUGUUCGUGUUCCUCUACAUCUGGUUCCACACGAGUAGCAUUGUGCUGAGCCUCGUGAGCUUGCUGGUGAUCGGCGCCUCGGUUCCGCUCUCCUACGUCGUCUUCGCAGCCCUGACAGGCCAGCGCACGAUGACUCUGGCUUCGUUCCUGGCCGUGUUCCUGGUGGUCCCAGGGGCGGCCAGGGUCGAGAAGGAGGGCAAG